AUGUCCAGUUUGAGUGAUGACCCGUGGAUAUUCUCUACCACUUCAUUACCUCUCAUGGCAACAGUGGCUAAUGGAUAUCUUGGUACCAGAAUUUUUGGAUGUAUUCUUCAUGUGAAUGGUCUGUAUAAUGGUGCUGGAGGAGAUUGCCAUAGAGCAGAUGUCCCCAGCCCUCUCAAUGUCAAGCUUUGUGUCACCGAAGAAGAUAUUGUGCAUGAAGACUUUUUACUGAACCUUAAAACAGGUACAUUCUGUCACACCAUUCAGUGCUCCUCAUUUACAGCAACUCAAAGGAUCUUUGCUCAUCGGUCCCACAGCCACCUAUUAGUCAAUGAGAUAACAUUAAGGCGCACGGAAGGAUCUAGCCCACUAACCGUGAAUCUACAAAAUGAACUAAGAAUAGAAAGCCAGGAUCUGGAGCUGCAGAUCGGACCUGACUUCCUUGGAGCUCAGUACAUUUACGGAAACACCCUUGUUCCAGAGGUUUCAUCUUGUCCGCUCAAGUCGAUCCACAUGAUCUGGAAUUCGGUACCUCAAUCACUGGUUCUGGAGUCAGAGCCAGAGAAAACUUGGGUGUUCCUUACAGCAGUAUCAGAUACCGAAGAGGACACAAAAGAGAAGUUUGCUGAAGGUCUGACUCUAGUUGAUGAAGGACAAUUAUACUGUUCCCAUGAAAAGGCUUGGACUGAGUUAUGGGCAGGGAGUUGUGUAGAGGUGGAAAGUUCUUUGGCUCUAACACAAGCUGUUUAUGGGUGUCUCUAUUAUUUACUAAGUGCCCUUCCACCCUUGCGCUCUACUGAGGAAUUUUACGGUAUUAGCCCUGGUGGACUGUCGAACGGACGUAACAAAGAAGAUUACUGGGGUCAUGUUUUCUGGGAUCAGGACACGUGGAUGUAUCCGAAUAUUCUACUCUUCUACCCAGAGUUGGCAUCUCAUAUGCUUAAGUACAGGAUUAGGACCCUGGAGGGGGCAGUGGAGAAUGCCAAGCAGCAAGGCUACAGUGGUGCCAAGUUCCCUUGGGAGAGUGCUUUAACUGGACAUGAAGUUUGCCCAGAGAAGAUUUAUGGAGAUCAGGAAAUUCAUAUCAAUGGAGAUGUUUUAGAAGCAUUCAAGCAAUACUAUUAUAUGACCAAGGAUGUGGAGUUUUUCUCAUCUGCUGGAGGCUGGGAAGUGGUGAAAUCAGUUGCGGAGUAUUGGAGCAGCAGGGUUUGUUGGAGCACAGAAGAGAAAUGUUAUCACCUGCAAGGUGUGAUGCCUCCAGAUGAAUAUCAUAGUGAUGUUGACAACUCCACAUACACAAAUGCUUUGGUCCAAGCCAGUUUGAACUUCUCAGUAGAAUUGGCUACUGCCUUAAAAUACCAAAUCCCGGAUGCAUGGGCAGACAUUGCAAAUAAAAUCAAAGUGCCAUAUGAUUCCAAGAGGAAUUACCACCCAGAAUAUGAUGGAUACACAAUAGGUGAGAAGGUGAAACAGGCAGAUGUUGUGCUGCUUGGCUAUCCCAUGAUGUUUCCAAUGACCACUGAACAACGGAAAAACGACCUUGAAAUAUAUGAGUCGGUAACUGAUGCAGAUGGUCCUGCAAUGACCUGGAGUAUGUUUGCUGUUGGUUGGAUGGAAUUAAAGCAACCUGAGUUGGCACAACGUCAGCUGAACAAGUGCUUUGCAAACAUUGCAGAACCAUUUAAGAUUUGGACUGAAAAUGCAGAUGGAUCAGGAGCUGUAAAUUUUCUAACUGGAAUGGGAGGAUUUUUGCAGGCUGUGGUUUUUGGCUAUACUGGAUUCCGGAUCACGAAGAAGAGUCUGAACUUUGACCCUGCGCUCCAUAAUGAUGUCACUAAACUACAUGUCACUGGGAUUAGUUACCUUGGUCAUAAAUUGAACUUCACUUUCACCAAAGAUAAAAUAACAAUAGAGCUGACAUUUGUACUCAAUUCCCAGAACUGUGCGUUAGAGGUAUCUUUUGGGCAACAAGAACCACAUUUACCAUUAUAUAUUGGCAAACCCGUGUCGUUCCCAACCAAAGCUGGAUGUAUUCAACAAAGAAGUUCCUGUUGGCCACUCUGAUCAAAAUAUUUCUUUCCAAUUGGCUCUUUGAUGAAAUUUACACUAUUGCAACUUAUUACAUAAAAGUCUACUUAUGUACUUUACAGUAAAACUUGUGUAAACAAAAGAA